AUAAAUUACUCGAGCUCCUCAGUCCGUUAGCUGUUCCAUAACAUGUCUGAUGGAUUGACUAUGGGUUCUUUAACCGCCAAUAAAGCAAGAGGCAGUAUAAUAGUGAGUUCUUUGCCAUCAGACAUGGACAAGGAUGAUAUCGUGAUGUACUUCCAGUCUCGUAAACAUGGCGGUGGUGAUAUCAAAGAGAUCUCUGUUCUUGGGAAUGGAGUUGCACUCGUUACUUUUGAAGACCCGAAAAAUGCAAAGAAGGUUCUGGAACAAGAGCACGUGSUAAAUGGAGUGUCAGUCGUAGUAAAGCAAUAUCCAUAUGACGAUCAGGAUGUCAAUCAUGUAUUCUCAAAGGUGUCAGCUAAGAUCGACCCAGCAGACAUUCGUCUUUGUGUAAAAGACAYGCGCGAUUUACUUCAAUCACUUCAGAAACAGAUGAAUGUGAAAUGUGUGGAAGGCAGUGAUGCAACAUUCGUGGUUUCAGGAUCGUAUCAACAAAUUGUCAARUGUCAUGGCAUCUUAUGUGACCUCCUCAAACGUCAACAAAKYMGCCAAGURAGCRCUAAUGUACAGAAUGGCUCCRYGAAAGUCCAUCGACWUGAGAAUUUCACAACAUCACUGUCUACUGCCAGRAAAGAGAAUGAUAMACCAAUUGACAGAGACUUUCAAGACUAUCCCACUAAUGAAUACUCCACRACGGGUGARGACAAGCUACAAGUAGAUUGUUCAGGAGAAAUCGAGAUCUCCAAGACGGAAUGGCAYAUUUUUASUAAAAUUUAUAAAAAGCAGCUCGCACAGCUGAUGGAUGAUUACCACGUGACUUUGGAGACUAUGGUUAAUGCCUGUAAAGUACUGGUCAAACCCACAGAGCACUGCAGCAAAGAUAUGCUUAAGACAGCUAGUCAAAGACUGUCAGACAUGUACCAUACAGAGCAACAAACCAUGAAAUGUGAAAGGUUUUGCUUGGUCCACUCAAAUAACGAGCAACAGAUGAAGUUAAGAAACGCUGUUUUGGAAAUCAAUAAGAAGGGCAAGGCAGUCCUUGAGCGCGCUCCUGACAGRCAAAGCUGGGAGGUUUUUGGUAGAAUUGAAAAUGUUGAGGAGAUUUUACAAUGCCUUGGAAGAAUAGUCGAGAUAAAAAGACUGGAUCUAGCGUCAGAGMAGGCAAACAGCAAUCCAGAAGCAGAUGAUAACAACAAUAUGGCUUCUGGCGAUGAAAAAAUGCUAUUGGAGAAUGGUAAUCGUGAUGAUGACGAUGACAAUGAUGACGAUGGAGAAGAACUGAGCACCAGACUURUCCAUGAUCUAGGAUGUGUAAGGGUCUCAGUCUACAAAGGUGACAUCACAAAUGAGUCMAGUGAUGCAAUUGUCAAUGCAGCCAACCAAAGCCUCAGUCACGAUGCAGGUGUUGCAAAAGCAAUAGUAUCCAAAGGUGGUCAAUCGAUUCAAGAUGAGUGUAGGCGAAUUAUCGGCACAAAAGGCAAACUAGAAACAGGAGAGGCCGCCAUAACACCAGCAGGUAAUCUUAACUGUAAGAUGGUGAUACAUGCUGUUGGACCRAUUUGGAAUCGCAGCGAAAAAGAAAAAGGGAAACAGUUACUGAAAAAGGCGUUUUUAUCAAGUCUACAGCAAGCAGARAAGUACAGGUUCAAUUCYAUUGCAUUUCCUGCAGUCUCUUCAGGAAUAUAUGGAAUGCCGAAGAAAGURUGYGCAAAAAUUAUGUUUGAUGCAGUAGAAGAAUACAACAGUCAAAUAUCACCAUCACAAGCAUUUAAAGUAACCGAUGUGAGAUUCGUUAACAAUGAUCUAAGAACAGUUAAAGUCUUUCAAAAGGAAUUUAAAGUAAGGUAUGGMCAUGGAGAAAUGCAAAAGACAACGGAGCCGAAUAUUCCKAAAGCAAAACACGUUACAAGUCAAACMMUAUCRGRCCAGGAAUCGAGAUACCAUCACGAGAAAGRUAGAAGCAGACAAGGUAGUGCAAGGAUCCCAGAAAGACAGCAUAAUAAAGAGGAUCGACUACGGGAAAGAGAAAGUGUGCUCCCAGAUGAGGCAAUUCUUACGCAUAAUUACACAUCACAAGGGAGAAAUGCUGAACACAUUKCGGAAGGAUUUUCCUGGACUAAUCUACAAGCAACAAAUCAAUCCAGCCAGCCCARCAAAGCACCACAUCAACCAAGUGAUAACUCAAAUCUAAAGAAGCGAUGGAGAGRAGAACCCAACGAURCUUACAGUGGAUCUGGUGGUGCUCGACCAAAGCAUAAAUUGAGRGAUCUACCUACGACUAAGUGUAAUGGUUAUCAGGGUCAUGACCUGACAAAAGACACCUUGUCARAAAAGCAACUUCUGGGUAAGUCCGUUGAGACAGCAAUUGGCUGUGAACACAAGCUUGGUGAUAUUUAUGUCACUGUACAGCGGUAUCCCAUUCCAGUUAUAAUACCCGAGGUAUUUGAAUUUGUCCAAGCCAGAGUGAAUCCGUGCAUCUUCAGUUCAUCUGGUAUUCUGAGCGGCAACCUCAUGGAAUUCCUUCAAAGGGACUAUGGAGUAGAUUGCAGGAAGAGUAACAGUAGAGACACUUUUUAUCUCACUGGAUCAAUGCAACAGAUCACACAAUGCCAUGAAUAUAUCUUGGAGAGAAUUUCCAGACACCACCAAGAUACCACAGAACAUCCAACGACAAGUGAAAGGAGGGCCAGUCCAAAACCGUCCAGAUCAGAUGAGAAAGCCAAAGAUGAGGUGAUUUACCAAACARUUCCGAUAAUCUUAAAGUUUAUCUUCACAGUUCCAAAGUACAGGAAACAGUUGGUACAAAUAGAGAGAGAUAACGAUAUAAGAGUUCGUGGUAUAGAAGACGGAAAUAAAGUCGUAAUCCAUGCUUUAUCAAGUUGUAMUCAGGCGAAAUUUGAAGCAGGUUGCGAUCAGUAUAUCGAGCUUUACCAAAGGUUAUUCAAUGAAUCGAUGAUGUCCAAGGAGGUUGUGCUGACACUAGGAMAGGAUACAUCAUACUUCACUGUACAAGAGGCAAUCGAUAAARUCCAGCCWCRUGCACCUGUCAUCAUCGAAAAAAYCGCUGCUCAAGACACGUGGCUGUUUUAUGGCGAGGAAAAUGAAGUAAAGACAGCAAUWAGAGAUGUCUACAAGCUKUUGAAUAUUGAMCAACCGUUGAAAAGAGCCGCUCGUAAACGUGUUAACGACUCUAAACRAGAGAGYACUGAAGAUGGUGMAGACACGAAAAACSWAGGMCAAYCCASUWCAAGAAACCUGCCACGUGAAUCUGCAAUUCCUGGUGACAGGGAGUUUUCAACAGGCAACGAUAGUGCACUAGUAGACGAAUUCCUUACAAAGAAAGGCUUUCGAAUUUCAGUUCGCCAGGCAGACAUUACGGAAGAARAGGUGGAUGUCAUCGUGAACUGUAACGAUGAGUACUUACAAGGGUUUUCCUCGGGUCUUCCCAAAGCCAUUGUUGAYAAAGGAGGAAUUAAGAUAWUUYGGGAAGUUGAAGCUCAGRCAAAGAGAAGAAAUAUKAAACCAGGGGRRAUAAUAGUUACCRACGGAGAGMGACUUCCUUGCUCCAAAAUAAUGCACRUCAUUACUUGGAAUGGUAAAAAAGGAAAAGAUGUGCUAAAAAACUUCACACAGGAWRCCUGCCUUGAAUGYCUGCGUAAAACACAGUCGCGUAGUAUGAGAUCAAUCGCAUUUCCAGCGGUUGGKGYUGGASRGAARACAGGRAUGACUCURCCACAAUGUGCUACAGCAAUGAUCAACGCUGUUGAAAAAUACAUGACAUCAAGUGAUCCUAAAUUGAAUGCAGUCGCAGAUAUCAGGUUUGUUCACCUUGAUUCCACUGCUURCGGAGUAUUUAGAGAAGAGCUAAAGAAGAGAUAUGGUGACGCACAAGGUAGAAAAGAACCACAAAGAACACGAYCUAUGGACGAAAAGGCUUUGCGUAAAUCCGAUGAUAAUCUUUCCAUUGGGAGUACUAAUGAAAAAGAAGAUGUUUGUCCCAUCUGCCUGGAAGAUUUCACUGAUCCAGUUUCACUGUCAAAGUGUAAGCAUCGGUUCUGCAGACUGUGUWUUGAUGCAGCAUUCAAGCAUAAAAAGACGUGUCCUACUUGUGGUGUUGCUUAUGGAGUGCAGACAGGAAACAUGCCCCCCGGUACAAUGUAUAACAGAACAAAUUAUUUUACUAAGCUUCCUGGUCACGAGCGCYAUGGUACCAUUGWAAUYRAUUACCACUUCAGURRUGGAAYCCAAGGUCCAGAGCAUCCCAAUCCUGGACAAUGGUACACUGGAACAUCACGUACAGCCUACUUGCCAGACAGCSCUGAGGGACGUGAGGUACUGGCUCUACUAAGGAAGGCGUUCGAUGCUCGUCUUACGUUCACUGUUGGGACGUCAGUGACCACUGGUGCAACAAACACUGUCACGUGGAAUGAUAUCCACCAUAAAACAAAUAYCUAUGGAGGACCAACAGGGUUUGGCUACCCGGACCCAGGCUACCUCAAAAGAGUAAAGGAAGAACUUGCUGCUAAAGGGAUAUCUUGAAUGCUGCAUAUCGAAAAGGACUGUUUAUGUAUAUUUGCACCUGCAUGUAACGUCCCAAUAUAAUAAUUCGAUUGGRGGCAUUUUUACAAUUUUUGAACAUUUCUUUGUUGUAGUUUUACAUUACUGUUCGCAUGGGUUUUCUGUGYUACCAGUAGGAUAUCAGCUUAUUAUGGUAUUUGACCUUGUUUGCCGUUUGAUUGAGAUUGUUAGGAUYAAUAGAAACUUAUAUACUCCAUUUAUUCUUCCUAGAUGACUUACUUUAUAGAAUACUAUGUAUUGAAUAUAUUCAAGGACUGUUCACUAUGUAAAUAUGGUAAUUGAUUGAGGUGUGUAUUGCGAUGAAGUGGGUGUUAAGGUCAUAUAACACAGUUCCGUUCCAGGGAUACUCGUGAUAGGCGUUGACUUCCAUAAAGAAAUGAAUAAUUGAACCCCCAAUUAGAUGUAAAAGUCCUGUCAGUAAAUCGAUUCAAUUAUGCUCAUUAAACACAGCGAGAGCCUAGUUGUA